AUCACAGUGGACCUGGAGGCAGCAGCUGCACCUCCUCCUCCUUCACUCUGCUCUCCUCUCCACCGGGCACCGAGCAGCCAGUACCGGAGGGGAAACGUGCAACAUGCCCGCUGAGCAGCUCCAGCUGGGCCCGGUGUCGGUUUUUCCACUUGUGGAGGGAUUUACGCGGACAAGCGGACGGAGACUCCUGGUGGAUGCGAGGUGCAGAGAGCUGUAAGUUGCAGGCGGUACACUGGAAAACUUGAUCUUCAGAGCAGAUUUUGAGUUACGAUGAACAUGCUGUGGUGGAGGGGAUCAGCCCGGGCAUCUGCUGCUGCUGCUGCUGCCCGCCGCCGCUGCGCACCGUGACGCGCCGGGGAGCGCGGCGAGGACCCAGGUGGCUUCACCCGGAGAGUCCAGGCAGAAACAAAAACAUCUGUGCAGCGAUAAAAUCUCCUCCGCUGUGGAUUUGUCACUUCUGGCUAUUGUGUGGUUUCAUAUCCCGGAGAUGCCACCCGUAUCUCGGCUCCAUCCUCCUCUGGGUCGGAUCGGGAUGGAUGAGGCUCAGUGAGGAGGCUACAGCCGGCGGAUAAUCACAGUUUGGACUUUCUUGCUCCCCGAGCGGCUCGCGGCUCUCCCUCAUGCAGCUCCUCCGGCUGGCCUGGGCUCUGACUGCCGCCGCGGUCUGCUUCCUGCUCCUCCUGCUCCUCCACAACGAGAUCCUGAGAGAAGGUCAGCUGGCGGCAGGGACCUGUGAGAUCGUCACUCUGGACCGGGACAGCAGCCAGCCGAGGAGGACCAUCGCCCGUCAGACAGCCCGCUGCGCCUGCAGGAAGGGACAGAUCGCCGGGACGACACGAGCCAGACCGGCCUGCGUUGACGAUUCGUCUUCAGAUAGAUGUUUCCUCACAUCAGCAAUGAUUUCCUGUGGUCAGGAUGAAGGACACACGAUCCCACAUCAUCACAUCAAACAGGAUGUGAUGAAGAUUGCGUUUUCGCCUCAUCAGCAGAAAAACUUCAUCUUGUCCACUGAAAAGGUUUGAGCUCUGACUGAACUCUACUGUCGGACUGCAAGGUGGAGAGGUGUCUAUACUAUGUUCAUCUGAAGUGACCUUUUAAAUCCAAGCAGACAGAUUCAAGCUAAUUUCCAGAGGGAAAGUCUGCUUUUACCUACAAUAAACAGUGUUGACAGAGCUAAAGGAUGGCAGAUUCUCCCCACUUCCAGCUUUUUGUUGUACGUUCUUUUUUUUUUUUUCUUAUUUAAUUCAGAAAAGAUGUUGCCUCACAAAUCUUACAGAGGGAUAGUUUGCGGGCCGGGACUGAACAGGUUAAAGCUUGUGUUGUUGGAGCUGAAUUAAAGUUCGUGUUGUCAGUGAUCGGAGCUGUUUGAACGUGCUCUGCUGCUCUGGGAGGAUAUUUUCAGCUGCAGACUCGAUGUGAGAACGCUGCUGAUGGCUGCGACCUGUUUUCCGAGCUCAGAGACUCAUCAGCAGCUUCCUGUUUUUUCCUCCCUGAACAUCUCAGAAAAAGGAAAACCAAACCUGCACAAACUCGCAGUGACCUCCUGUUGGCGGUGGAUGACCCGGAGGUGCUGCCGGUUGUUAAGCAAGGGGGAUGUUGGGCUAAAAACUCUAGAGCUGAAAAGGGAAAAAACUCCAUGUUUUACAUAGACCGUAGCUAAUAAAUAUUGAGGCAAUAUGUGGACAAAAGUAUGUGGACAGCCAGUCGUUCUCUUCAUAUGGAAUACUUUUGUGGAAAUAUACAUUCUCUUGGUGAUA